AUGUUCUCCGGCCUGCGUACAUUCGUGGAGGGCGCGGGUAAGCACGAGCGCUCGGACUCGAACGGAAGCGGACUCGGCGUCGAACUGCCUUUUGGCGACCCGCUCAGCUCUCUCCGCAAGACACUUGUCUCGCCUCCACGCGGGCAGACACCUCCACCCGCCUCCGCCUCCUCUGCCCAUCCACCGGGAACUCCCGAGAGACCCAAGCGCACGCUCGAGGACAGGCUUCGCGCCAAGUUUGUCGUCGGUGAAGCUAGCGAGAGUUCGACGCCGGCCCCGUCGCCCGCGCCGCCAGAACCCAGGGCGCCUGCUACUGCCACUUCACCAGAGAGCAUACCACUACCACUAUCGCCACCUACAGUCGCUGCACCCACUUCUAUCACUCUUGACUUGCCCCAUCCACUCGCCACACCCCCCGUUGCACCUGCGCCGCUACUUGCAUCCGAAUCCGCGCCUAUACCAAUGCCCACACCAGAGGCGCACGAUGUGCCUUUGCCUGCUUCUCCCCCGGCGGAUAGUUCAUCCCCAUCACUGGACUCUCUUGUAAUAGCUCCCACUGAGCCAAUGACAAUAACCGCCUUAGGGACUACGACUCAACCGGCAUCGUCUCAUACGGAUGUGGAUCCAGCUCUCACGACCGAAGUUUCCGCUCUAUCGGGAGAUACAGAGGCAGUACGAUCAUCGGAAAUUGCUAUGCCAGAGCCUGGUACAUCGCCAGGGGUGGACGAAGCAUCAGCGACGCCUCCCGCCGACGACUGGCCAGUUACCAGUCUCGAAUCCUCCGAGGAACCUGCACAACUGCAUCGUCCUUUAAUUGAGACAGCGAUGGAGCCUGUCGAACAAUCCGCAUCUGCGCUCGCCACACCAGAACGCUCUGUUACACCGAUCAAUGACAUCGACGCUCUCCGCGAGCGUCUACGCAAGGUAGAACAGCGAUUUACAGAUGUAUCCACUUCUUUCAAGCGCUUGCAAACGGAGAAACGCGAAGCAGACAAAGUUCUUCAAGAGCUUACGUCCGUACAGUCUAUCCAGGAUGCCGCUGCGCUCCGCGAUUUCUUACAAAACUGCCAGCUGAAGGUCGAGAUGUCGCAGGACGAGAUCAGGCGUCUUAGCGGCAAACUGACACGGCAAGAUGAGCGACUCGAAGAGUUGCACGAAACUCAUCGCCUGGAGGCCCGCUCCCAGACGGACCUGAUUGACCGCCUUCGCGCCCAGGUAUCUGAAGCCGAGGCUCUAGUGGCCGCUUCUUCAAGUACACACUCAAAGCUGGAAGCCGACCUUGCCGCGCGCUCGGCCGAAGUGACCGCUGCCCGUGCCGAAGCCGAGAAAGCCAGAACUACCGCGAGAGAAGAGGAAGAAAAGCGUACCAAAGCCGUCGGCCUGCUCAAGACCGUCCGUGGCCAGCUUCUCAAAGCGAACAAGGAGAGGGACGAGGCGGUGAAGGACCGGGAUGCGGCAAGGGCCGAGGAAAAGAAGGCUGAAGAGAGGGAGAGGGAUGAGAGGGCGAGAGUUGUGGCUUUGUUGUCACAGGUCAAGGCGGAAAAGGACUCGGCACUGGCGAACCUGAGGAAUCAGCUCGAGAGGGAGGCUGCCGCAGCGAAAGAGCAUGCUCGGGCAGAAAUGGCGGCACUGAGAUCGCAAUAUGAGGUUGAUCUCGCCACGAUCAGGUCUGCGCACGAGCAAGUCCUCGCGGCAAAGAACACGCGCAUCUCUGGACUCGAGCACUCAGUGCAAAACCUAUCCUCCGAGAAGGCCUCUCUCUUCGAACAGCUUCAACUCCGCCAAGCGGAGGCCGAAUCAUCCGCAUCCGAGCUUGAGGCGCAGCAGUCACGCGCAACAGAGCUUGCAUUCCAAUUACGCGAACAUUCAGAGCGCAUAUCACUUCUUCAAGAGGAGUUAUCCGAUUCACACCGGCGCUCCCUCGACCCACGUGCCGCGCCGGGCAUGGAUCGCUCGCCAUCCGUCAGUCAAGCGGAGGAUGUCGCACGCCUGCUAGCUGCGGCCGAAGCACGUGCUGAUGCCCGCGUUGCAGAGCUGAGAAAACAUAUGGAGAAGCUCGAAGCAGAAAGGGAAGAGGGCGAAGCAGACUGGGCUCGCAAGCUGGCUGAAAAGCAGCGUGAAGCUGAACGCUGGCGCAAUGUUGCUGAGGCAGGUGCGCGCGGACGCCAAUCAGGCGAAGACGCACUAGCUGCAAUCAAGGCGAGAAUCGCGAAAGCAGAAGCCGAGAGGGAGGAGGUCAGAGAGAGGCUGAAGGAUAUGGAGGGGCAAGUCGAGCGGCAGGCGCAUGCGGAACAUGAUGCCAGGGCGCAGAUUAUGAGUAUGACGACGAAGAUUAGCGCGAUGGAAAAGCAACUCGAGGAGACGAAGGCAAAGGAGAGUCAAGCGCGUGCUAACAACAAGACUUUGAAGGAGGAGCUGCGCAAGGUACAGGCAUCUGCCGCUCUCCUCGAGCGUCAGCGCAAUCCAGGCGUGGGGUACUUCGCACAACGCGGCGAAAGUACGAAUGGCGGAACGACGCCUGGCUCGCCUGCCGCUUCCACUACAACGCUGUCACGCACAGCGUCACCAGCACCGUCCGCUGCGGGCUCUGUGAACAACGAGGAGGAGGUAAACCUCGAAUACCUACGGAACGUGAUACUGCAGUUUCUAGAACACAAGGAGAUGAGGCCGAAUCUUGUCCGUGUUUUAUCUAUCAUCCUGCGCUUCACGCCGCAAGAGACGAGGCGGGUUAUGGCGAAAGUCUGA